GAAUGCAUGUCGAAUUCCAGGGCCUCUCGCCCUCUGCUUCUUGAGGAAACUUGAUAAUAGCACAGGUUACUCUGAGAUGUAAAGUAUACUGGCUUUAUCUCAGAGAAACGUGAAAGCAAAUUGCACUACAAAAUUCGUAUGCAUAUUAGAUUUUGCAUUUCUUUGACUGGACUUCCCUGACCUUUCAAAAGUUAGACCUUGGCAGAGGCAGAGGGGAAGGUAUCAUAGCAUGCAUGAGUAUUUAAUUUUACCAGAAAAUAACAAUUUUUUCUGGGAUUGAUUUUAAUUUGGUGUUGGAAACUUAGCUUAGUUUUUUUUUUUUGGUUUUGUUAUUUUCCAAUUACAUUACACUUGAUUUUAUUUAAACGCUUCAUUUUGGAUUACAUUUCAGGACUUACUGUUUGUUUGUUUUUGUUAAACAUGACUUUGCUACAUGAUUUCAUAAGUGUGAUCCUUGACAUGAAAAAGUAAACCUCAAUUAGCUGAAAGUAAAUCCUGGGAAUAACUUCUUUCAUUGCAUGUAAUGCAGCACAAAGUGCCAAAGGCAGUUUAUAACUACUGCAGGCUGUGCAGGCUCCUGCCUGGGGCCUGCUUUGGGAUGAGAGCUUUGGGACUGAGUGAUCCAUCAGUCACGGGGCUUGUGACAGCACAGCAGCACUAAUUCUGUCUGCCCUGGGGUGGGCACACGGUCAUGUUUGCCAUGCCUUGCUCACAGUACAUGGUGAAAAUUCUGUGCCAGCUGUAGAGGGUGAGACAACAUCUGUCUUGAAGAAAGCCUGACAAAAACCCAUCAGUGGUACUAAUAAACACAAACUUGUGGAAGUCUAGACUGGGUCGGCGCUUACUAUCUGCUAACCAUGUCUUUGAAUUCAUCUACACUUUUAAAUGAAGAAAACACUCAAGGAGCAAAAAGAAAUACAGAGUGUUUGGAAAGCCUACUGCAGACUCCAUCAUCAAUUCAAAAUAAUCCACUUCAACAACUACAGUUAGCAUCACAGGAAGUACUGGAAAAGGCAAAAAAGAGUGGGAGAUCAAAAUGCCCCCGAUGCAAUAGUUCAAGGAUGUUUUAUUGUUAUACAUGCCUUGUUCCUGUUGAAACUGUCCCUACCAAAGAAAUUCCAACUGUGAAGUUACCUCUGAAGAUUGACAUUAUUAAGCACCCAAACGAAACCGACGGCAAAAGCACUGCUGUGCAUGCUAAGCUCCUGGCACCUGAUGAUGUUACAAUUUAUAAAUACCCUUGCAUUCCAGAAUAUGAAGAAAAGAGACACGAAAUAGCACUUAUAUUUCCUGGCCCCAAUUCAGUUUCAGUAAAAGAUAUUGCUUUCCAUCUCCAAAAGUACUCCAAGAAAGGUGUCUGUUUCAGUGAUGAUGACUGUUCCAGAGAGCCACUUCUUAAACAAGCAAAACUAGAACCUGAAGAAGAAAAAAAUCCAAAUGAAUGCAUCUCAAGCAGCAGGAGUGAAGGCACUAGACUGAAGAAAAUAAUAUUUAUUGACAGUACAUGGAAUCAAACUAACAAGAUAAUAACUGAUGAACGACUUCAAGGGUUACUGCAAAUUGAGUUGAAGACAAGGAAAACUUGCUUUUGGCGUCAUCAGAAGGGAAAACCAGAUACAUACCUUUCCACAAUAGAAGCAAUUUAUUAUUUCCUUGUGGACUAUCAUCAGGAGAUUUUGAAAGAGAGCUACAAAGGACAAUAUGAUAAUCUGCUUUUUUUCUUUUCAUUUAUGUAUACAUUGAUUAAAGAUGCAAAGUGUUGUGCAGGAAAAGAGUAAGCUGUCUGUCGGUGUAUGGCACUACUUUUAAUAAUAAACUGCACAAACAUAACUAGAAUUUUUUUUUUUAAAGAGAUUGUAUUCUAAAUAAUGUCCAGAAGUGAGCUGCAGACCUCCUCCUGCACACUUGAGGUUGUAGAACUGCUCAGUUGUGCAGUCUGAUUAGAGUGACUUAUUUGAAAAUAGUUACAUUUGCUAAAUAUUGCUGUACUUCAACCUACAGGCCUGAUGUGCUCACUGUGAUGAGCACAUUUCCUGAGAUGGGAGUGGAGGACUUGACCCCUCUUGCUGUAAGGAGUGAUCUCUUUUAAGUGUAAGAAGGAAUUAGCAUGCUGGCUUUUCAUUGUUACUAAUACUUAGUCAGAUGUUUUCUUUGUGGUUACACAGCAAUACUGAUUUCGCCUUUGUGGCAUCAAAGGCUUACUGAAAUGAGCAGAUGGUCUUUAGUUGCUGGGGAGAGCAGCAGCAAUACAGAAUGAAAGAGCACAUUAAUUGAAUAUGAAUUAUAUACUUUCAAAAUUAAAGCUGGAAAACUCUUCUAGUAAUAAAAAAGUGGUCCCUUUAAACACUGUUAUACAAUGUAUGAUUUCUGCAGUACCAUUCAUGUACUCUUAUACGAGGAUUAUUCUCAACUUCUUGGCUAAUUUUAGACUUCUUCAAACAAAUUUAGUUAAGUGUUUAUUACUGUUACAUAUUAUUUGGGGGAGCACUAACCUAAGAAAUAUCACUAUCCAUACUGUAGGCACCACAUAUAAAAGAUGGUGGUUCCGACCACAACGUCUCUGACAAGGCUUCCUUCAACUAGGCAGGCUGUGAAUCUGCUCUGUUUUUCCUUUUGCAGUAACGGGGCAGAUUAGAACAGUGUAAGUAAAAGUUUACUGAUGGGAGUUUUGUCAUAGGUGUAGUGCUGCUGUCAGAGUCAUCAUGUGUGGAUGUAGCCAAGCUAUACCAGCACAGCCAGUGCUGGCAGAGGUAACAGACCUGAGCUUUAGAGCAGAGUUAUAGGAAUAUAUUUUAGAUUAUACAUUGAUAAAAGUUAUAUUCCUAAGGUAGAAAAAAUGUUUCAUUACAGGUACAAUAUAAGAUGGAUAAAUAUUUCUGAAUAUUCUUAGAAAUGUGUUACUUAAGCCAAAAUAUAUCUUGUCAAAGUGACAGACUUAAAAAUUAUAAUAUAUUGUUUUUUAAACAAAACAUCCAAGUUUUUGUUAUCACUUGUAGCAUACUCUCUAGGAGGGCACUCAAACACCCUGGUGAACACAGAAACAGUGUCUUGGAAAAUACUUCAAGAAAAUGUUUUUAUACUUACAC